CCACCACCCCUUUCCACAUCCGGUAGGGCCUGGUGAGGUCAAGGAGCCCUGUAAGUCACUUCUGGGCGACUGAUGUUUUUAUUUCCGGUCUAUGGGACCUGGCUGGGAUUUGCUGCUGCCUGUAGCCGCCGGAGACACUACCAGCGCCAUCAUGUCAGACACGGACAGCGAUGAAGAUUCUGCUGGAGGCGGCCCAUUUUCUCUAACCGGUUUCCUUUUUGGCAACAUCAAUGGAGCCGGGCAGCUGGAGGGGGAAAGCGUCUUGGACGAUGAGUGUAAGAAGCACUUGGCAGGCUUGGGGGCUUUGGGUCUGGGCAGCCUGAUCACUGAACUCACGGCAAACGAAGAAUUGGCUGGGACCGAUGGUGCCCUGGUAAAUGAUGAAGGAUGGAUCAGGAGUACAGAAGAUGCUGUGGACUAUUCAGACAUCACUGAGGUAGCAGAAGAUGAAAGCCGAAGAUAUCAGCAGACAAUGGGGAGCUUGCAGCCCCUUUGCCACUCAGAUUAUGAUGAAGAUGACUAUGAUGCCGAUUGUGAAGACAUUGAUUGCAAGUUGAUGCCUCCUCCACCUCCACCUCCAGGACCAAUGAAGAAAGAUAAGGACCAGGAUGGUCUUACCGGUGUGUCUGAGGAUGGAGAAGGCAUCAUCUUGCCCUCCAUCAUUGCCCCUUCCUCUUUGGCCUCAGAGAAAGUGGACUUCAGUAGUUCCUCUGACUCAGAAUCUGAGAUGGGACCUCAGGAAGCAUCACAGGCAGAAUCUGAGGAUGGAAAGCUGACCCUACCAUUGGCUGGGAUUAUGCAACACGAUGCCACCAAGCUGUUGCCAAGUGUCACAGAACUUUUCCCGGAAUUUCGGCCUGGGAAGGUAUUACGCUUCCUUCGUCUUUUCGGACCAGGGAAGAAUGUCCCAUCUGUUUGGCGGAGUGCUCGGAGAAAGAGGAAGAAGAAGCACCGUGAGCUGAUACAGGAAGAACAGAUCCAGGAGGUGGAGUGCUCAGUAGAGUCCGAAGUCAACAAGAAGUCUUUAUGGAAUUAUGACUAUGCUCCACCACCACCUCCAGAGCAGUGUCUCUCUGAUGAUGAAAUUACAAUGAUGGCUCCUGUUGAAUCAAAGUUUUCCCAGUCAACUGGAGAUAUAGAUAAAGUGACAGAUACCAAACCAAGAGUGGCUGAGUGGCGUUAUGGGCCUGCUCGACUGUGGUAUGAUAUGCUGGGUGUCCCUGAAGAUGGCAGUGGGUUUGAUUAUGGCUUCAAACUGAGAAAAAUGGACCAUGAGCCUGUGAUAAAAUGUAGAAUGAUGGAGGACUUGAGGAAAUUUGAGGAAAACAAUGGCUCUGACCUACUGGCUGAUGAAAACUUCCUGAUGGUGACACAGCUGCACUGGGAGGAUGAUAUCAUCUGGGAUGGGGAGGAUGUCAAGCACAAAGGAACAAAGCCUCAGCGUGCAAGCCUGGCAGGCUGGCUUCCUUCCAGCAUGACUAGGAAUGCCAUGGCCUACAAUGUUCAGCAAGGUUUUGCAGCCACCCUGGAUGAUGACAAACCUUGGUACUCCAUCUUUCCCAUUGACAACGAGGAGCUGGUAUAUGGACGCUGGGAGGACAAUAUCAUUUGGGAUGCUCAGGCCAUGCCCAGGCUGUUGGAGCCUCCUGUUUUGACACUUGAUCCCAAUGAUGAGAACCUUAUUUUGGAAAUUCCUGAUGAAAAGGAAGAGGCCACUUCUAACUCCCCCUCCAAGGAAAAUAAGAAAGAAUCAUCUCUGAAGAAGAGCCGAAUUCUCUUAGGGAAAACAGGGGUCAUCAAGGAGGAACCACAGCAGAACAUGUCUCAGCCAGAAGUGAAAGAUCCAUGGAAUCUCUCCAAUGAUGAAUAUUACUACCCCAAGCAACAGGGUCUUCGAGGCACCUUUGGAGGAAAUAUUAUCCAGCACUCAAUUCCUGCAGUGGAAUUACGACAGCCCUUCUUUCCUACCCAUAUGGGGCCCAUCAAACUUCGGCAGUUCCAUCGUCCACCCCUGAAGAAAUAUUCCUUCGGGGCACUCUCUCAGCCAGGUCCCCACUCAGUCCAGCCCUUGCUGAAGCACAUCAAAAAGAAGGCUAAGAUGAGAGAACAAGAGAGACAAGCUUCUGGUGGUGGAGAGAUGUUUUUUAUGCGCACACCUCAGGACCUCACAGGCAAAGAUGGAGAUCUUAUUCUUGCAGAAUACAGUGAGGAAAAUGGACCAUUAAUGAUGCAGGUUGGCAUGGCAACCAAGAUAAAAAACUAUUAUAAGCGGAAACCUGGAAAAGAUCCUGGGGCCCCAGAUUGUAAAUAUGGAGAAACUGUUUACUGUCAUACAUCUCCUUUCCUAGGCUCUCUUCAUCCUGGUCAAUUACUGCAGGCAUUUGAGAACAAUCUCUUUCGUGCCCCAAUUUAUCUUCAUAAGAUGCCAGAAACUGACUUCCUUAUUAUUCGGACAAGACAAGGUUACUACAUUCGGGAGUUAGUGGAUAUUUUUGUGGUCGGCCAGCAAUGCCCCUUGUUUGAAGUUCCUGGGCCCAACUCCAAAAGAGCUAAUACACAUAUUCGAGACUUUCUCCAGGUUUUUAUUUACCGCCUCUUCUGGAAGAGUAAAGAUCGGCCAAGGCGGAUCCGAAUGGAAGAUAUAAAAAAAGCCUUUCCUUCUCACUCAGAAAGUAGCAUCCGCAAGAGGCUAAAGCUCUGCGCUGACUUCAAACGCACAGGGAUGGACUCAAACUGGUGGGUGCUAAAGUCAGAUUUUCGUUUACCAACUGAAGAGGAGAUCAGAGCUAUGGUGUCUCCAGAGCAGUGCUGUGCUUAUUAUAGCAUGAUAGCUGCAGAGCAGCGACUAAAGGAUGCUGGCUAUGGUGAGAAGUCCUUUUUUGCUCCAGAAGAAGAAAAUGAGGAAGAUUUCCAGAUGAAGAUUGAUGAUGAAGUUCGCACUGCUCCUUGGAAUACCACAAGGGCUUUCAUUGCUGCCAUGAAGGGCAAGUGUCUCUUGGAGGUGACUGGGGUGGCAGAUCCCACAGGGUGUGGUGAAGGAUUCUCCUAUGUCAAGAUUCCAAACAAACCAACACAGCAGAAGGAUGAUAAGGAGCCUCAGCCAGUGAAGAAGACAGUGACAGGAACAGAUGCAGAUCUCCGUCGCCUCUCACUGAAAAAUGCCAAGCAGCUCCUACGUAAAUUUGGUGUGCCUGAGGAAGAGAUUAAAAAGCUGUCCCGCUGGGAAGUGAUUGAUGUGGUACGCACAAUGUCAACAGAGCAAGCCCGCUCUGGAGAGGGGCCCAUGAGUAAAUUUGCCCGUGGAUCAAGGUUUUCUGUGGCUGAGCAUCAAGAGCGUUACAAAGAGGAAUGUCAGCGCAUCUUUGAUCUACAGAACAAGGUUUUGUCAUCAACUGAAAUAUUGUCAACUGACACAGACAGCAGCUCAGCCGAAGACAGUGACUUUGAAGAAAUGGGAAAGAACAUUGAGAACAUGUUGCAGAAUAAGAAAACCAGCUCUCAGCUGUCACGUGAACGAGAGGAGCAGGAGCGGAAGGAACUGCAGCGGAUGCUACUGGCAGCAGGUUCUGCAGCAUCAGGAAACAAUCACAGAGAUGAUGAUACAGCUUCUGUGACCAGCCUUAACUCUUCUGCCACUGGCCGUUGUCUCAAAAUUUAUCGCACAUUUCGAGAUGAAGAAGGGAAAGAGUAUGUUCGCUGUGAGACAGUCCGAAAGCCUGCUGUCAUUGAUGCCUAUGUGCGCAUACGGACCACAAAAGAUGAGGAAUUCAUUCGAAAGUUUGCCCUUUUUGAUGAACAGCAUCGAGAAGAGAUGCGAAAGGAACGGCGGAGGAUUCAAGAGCAACUUAGGCGGCUCAAGCGGAAUCAGGAAAAGGAGAAGCUUAAGGGUCCCCCUGAGAAGAAGCCUAAAAAAAUGAAGGAGCGUCCUGAUCUAAAACUGAAAUGUGGAGCUUGUGGUGCCAUUGGGCACAUGAGGACAAACAAGUUCUGCCCCCUCUACUAUCAAACAAAUGCUCCACCUUCCAACCCUGUUGCCAUGACAGAGGAGCAGGAGGAGGAGUUGGAAAAGACAGUCAUUCAUAAUGAUAAUGAAGAACUUAUCAAGGUUGAAGGGACCAAGAUCGUCCUGGGAAAACAGCUAAUUGAGAGUGCAGAUGAGGUUCGAAGAAAAUCUCUGGUUCUCAAGUUCCCUAAACAGCAACUUCCUCCCAAGAAGAAACGGCGAGUUGGAACCACUGUUCACUGUGACUACUUAAAUAGACCUCAUAAAUCCAUCCACCGGCGCCGGACAGACCCAAUGGUGACAUUGUCCUCCAUCUUGGAGUCUAUCAUCAAUGACAUGAGAGAUCUUCCAAAUACCUACCCUUUCCACACUCCAGUCAAUGCAAAGGUUGUAAAGGACUACUACAAAAUCAUCACUCGACCAAUGGACUUACAAACACUCCGUGAAAAUGUGCGCAAACGCCUUUACCCAUCUCGGGAAGAGUUCAGAGAACAUUUGGAGCUCAUUGUGAAAAAUAGUGCAACCUAUAAUGGUCCGAAGCACUCAUUGACCCAGAUCUCUCAAUCUAUGCUGGAUCUCUGUGAUGAAAAACUCAAAGAGAAAGAAGAUAAAUUGGCUCGUUUAGAGAAAGCUAUCAACCCCUUGCUGGAUGAUGAUGACCAAGUAGCAUUUUCUUUCAUUCUGGACAACAUUGUCACCCAGAAAAUGAUGGCAGUUCCAGAUUCUUGGCCAUUUCAUCACCCAGUUAAUAAGAAGUUUGUUCCAGAUUAUUACAAAGUGAUUAUCAGUCCAAUGGAUUUAGAGACUAUACGUAAGAAUAUCUCCAAGCACAAGUACCAGAGUCGGGAGAGCUUUCUGGAUGAUGUCAACCUUAUUCUGGCCAACAGUGUUAAGUAUAAUGGGCCUGAAAGUCAGUAUACUAAGACUGCUCAGGAGAUUGUAAAUGUCUGUUACCAGACAUUGACUGAGUAUGAUGAACAUUUGACUCAACUUGAGAAGGAUAUUUGUACAGCUAAGGAAGCGGCUUUGGAGGAAGCAGAAUUAGAAAGCUUGGACCCAAUGACCCCAGGGCCUUAUACACCUCAGGCUAAGCCUCCUGAUUUGUAUGACACCAACACAUCCCUCAGUAUGUCCCGAGAUGCCUCUGUAUUUCAAGAUGAGAGCAAUAUGUCUGUCCUGGAUAUUCCCACUGCCACUCCAGAAAAGCAGGUGACACAGAUGCGCCAGGGCCGAGGUAGGCUGGGCGAGGAAGACUCUGAUGUAGAUAUUGAAGGGUAUGAUGAUGAGGAGGAGGAUGGGAAACCUAAGACUCCAGCCCCAGAAGGUGAAGAUGCAGAUGGUGAUCUUGCAGAUGAAGAGGAAGGAAGUAUGCAACAGCCUCAAGCCAGUGUCCUGUAUGAGGAUUUGCUUAUGUCUGAAGGAGAAGAUGAUGAAGAAGAUGCUGGGAGUGAUGAAGAAGGAGACAAUCCUUUCUCUGCUAUCCAACUGAGUGAAAGUGGAAGUGACUCUGAUGUUGGAUCUAGUGGGAUAAGACCCAAACAGCCCCGCAUGCUUCAGGAAAACACAAGGAUGGGCAUGGAAAAUGAAGAAAGCAUGAUGUCCUAUGAGGGAGAUGGUGGGGAGGCUUCUCAUGGUUUGGAGGAUAGCAAUAUGAGUUAUGGGAGCUAUGAGGAGCCUGAUCCCAAGUCGAACACCCAAGAUACAAGCUUCAGCAGCAUCGGUGGGUAUGAGGUAUCAGAGGAAGAAGAAGAUGAGGAGGAAGAGCAGCGCUCUGGGCCAAGUGUACUAAGCCAGGUCCACCUGUCAGAGGAUGAGGAGGACAGUGAGGAUUUCCACUCCAUUGCUGGGGACAGUGAUUUGGACUCUGAUGAAUGAGGCUUCCUUUGGGCCUCCUUGGUCAGCCUUCCCUGUUCUCCAGCCUGGGUGGCUCACCUUCCUUAAUGUGUUCAUAAUUGUGUAGUGUCAGAUCCUGAAAUCACCAGAUUGACUAAUACCUUAGCCUUUAAGAAAGAAUAAAUAAAGGAUAAUAAAUCAUCUCUUCUGACCUUCCUGGGGCAGUGUCACACCUUGAUUUAAAGCCAAGUAACCCCUUUUCCCCUACCACUAACAGAAAGAAAGCAGUCUGCUCCUUCUCCAGUGCCCUCCUUUAGCUCCACUUGCCACUCAUGUUAUCACUUUUCCCUUGGGAAGGAGGAGAAAUUGUGAAAGGACUAAAACUUUCUGUCCCCUUGGUGUAUUAGACCUUUCCCAAGCAUGAUAUCAUCUCAGUUUUCUAAUUUGCAGGCUGGAACUGGUGACCACCUCCUUAUUGAGACAGAGAAUUGAGUACUGGUCGACUCUGUGCCCCAGUAAACACAUAAACCUAUUGGACAACCUCCCUGUUACUUUAUUAUUCAAUUAUACAAUGCCUUAUUCCUAAAUGGAUUUGAGGCAAAUGACUAUAAAUCUUUGAAACCGCCUGUAUGUCAGAAAUGAUGUGUUGCCAUGUGAAAUGUGUUCUGUGGUAAGUGCCUUAGGGCAAAGACUGUGUGUCUUCUGUUUCUUUUCAUGCUCAGGAUAUGGUUCUGUGCACAGUGGGUACUCAGUAAAUGUUUGUAGAAUCAGAACAUCCUCGAAAGACGCGUCUUUGAGCAUCUGCCCCGUGAUAAGCACUGUAUCAGAUCCUUGGGAUGCAAAGGUAAAUAAGACACACUGCUUUUGCCCAAAGAGCUCACCCACAGGUUGGGAGAGGGGGAGUGGAAUUCAAAACUUGUUUCUUAAAUCAUUGCAGUGGUGCGGUGAGAUAAGUGCAAUGAAGAAUCUAGAUAAAAGGAGAGGGGAAAACAGAGGAAUGACCAUGUCAGAAAAAGUCAGGGAAGUCUUCCUAGAGGUAAUUGAUAAGCUUACUGUUAAAGAGUGAAUAGGAACUUGCCAGAUAGAAAAGUCCAGGCAGAGUGUAACGUAAGUGAAAAGGCCGAUAGCAGAGCAUGUUCCUGGUCAGUUGGUUGGUUUGUGCCUGCCUUGUUUCAGAAAGGAUUGGAAGGAGUUUAUGCUCUAGUCAUUUAAUGCUGGAAAGGCUAGAGAUGAGACUGAAAGACUGGCAGGAAACACAUCCUCGAUGACAACAGGUGUGAACUGUAUAUUUCAGGAAAUGAGCACUAGUGGAUUGAUUUCAUCAUAUUUGUGUUCUAGAAGUUUUCUGUAUGUUGAUUGUGAAAGAAAUUGAAGAAUCUAUGUGUAACAGAAAAGUUUGACCCCACUUUUGUAAGACAAAACCACGGGUGUAUAUCUAUAUGUGUGUGUGUAUACUUGUAUAUGCAAGGGAAAGGGUCUGAAAGGAUAUACACUAAACUGUUCACAGAGAUAACCUCUGAGGAAUGGGAUCAGAGAGGAGGUGGCUAUAUGGUUGUAUGUGUACUGGGAACGUACUGUGCUUUUGUUUCUGUAUCGUUUGAAUUUUUUUACAAGUAUGUACUAUUUUUGUAAUAAAAAAUUUAAAAACCCA